AUGUAUAAUGUAGGUAUAAAGGGUUCUAUAAAACAUAUUCAAUCUCAUUCUCUAACAAAAGAGCAGUUAGAAGACGCAAAUAAUGUAUUUGGAGUAUUUGAUACCAAUAAAGAUGGAUUUCUUGAUCUUAGAGAGCUAAAAGCAUGUUUAAGAGCAUUAGGAUUUCAAGUAAAGAGGCAACAAAUAAUUUCUGUUGUAGAAAGUGCAUUAGGGAACUCCAGAUUUAGUGGGAGUUCAACUUCCUUAAUGGAUAAUUCUGGUUGGCUUGAAUCCUACUCUUUAACUCUUAAUCUGGAAGACUUUUAUACAUUAUUAUCAUCUUUAAUGAAUGAAAGUGGUAUAUAUGGUAUUGGGGCCUUUUAUAAUAGUUCAGAUUCGCAAGAUGUAUCUAUAGAUUAUGUUAGGCACAUUUUUUCUAUGUUUGAUAUUAACAAAACUGGUAAAAUAAGCCUGAGGACUUUGAAACAACUAGUAUCUCAUAUCUCAAAGGAAUCACAAACACUUGGAAUUAAUUUUGGAAGAGCAUCUCAAAAUUUUAAUUUAUUUUCUGAUGAAGAAUUAACACAAAUAGUUCAACAAAUUGAUCAAGACAAUGAUGGCUAUUUGGACUUUCAAGACUUCUAUAGAGUCUUUCAAUACUAUCACAAUAGUAUUCAUGACCCAGUAUCAGAUAUAAUAGAUAGCUCUAUUGCAAAAAAUUUUAAAUCCCAAUGA